CUUUCAGUUCAUCUUGCUGGAAAUGUACGUCAACAUUGAAGCAGUACUUGUUAUGAAUUAUGAAUUCUAAGCCGGUAGCCAUUCGCCUUAGACGCCAUGAAACGGGACAACUCAGGAAACAACCAAGAUGGUCCUCCGUCAAAAUUCCAACGUUCUUCCGUUGAUUUAACAAAUGUUUCCAUCAGAUUUCUUAUUCCUGGGAGGGCUGCAGGGAUAAUGAUUGGGAAGGGUGGGGAAAAUAUCAAAAAAAUUCGAUCACAGUAUAACGUCAAGCUGAAUAUUCCCGACAGCAGAGGCCCUGAACGGAUAAUGACUAUCGAAGGUGACCUGCAGGCUAUCUGCAGCAUCAUGCGCGAUGUUUGUCCGAAACUGAAGGAUAUAAUGAAUGCCAAACUUUCCGACCCUAAACGCAUAAUGGGUGCCCAAGGAUCUCGACGCCGCCCGAGACGAAGUGAAGAUCCAGAACGAGAUGAUGAGGAAGACGAAAACAUGAUUGACUUCAGAAUAUUAGUGCACGAAAGCCAAGCUGGGUCUGUAAUCGGUCGAGGCGGUGAACGUAUUAAGGACCUUCGUGAUAAAUACAAAAUGCGUGUUAUCAAGGUGUACCAGAUGUUGGCUCCGUUAUCUACUGACCGAGUUGUACAGAUGGUUGCUGACCCAGACAAUGUCGUCCAAUGUUUGAGAGCUGUGAUAGAAGCAGUAGAGUCUGCUCCUCCUCGUGGUCGCCGUGAGGAUUAUGACGCUGCCAACUUCAGUGAGGGUGAUGCUCUCAACUAUGGCGGUUGGUUGUCUCGAGAAGCUGCAGCAGCACUCGCUCAAGGGAUGCCUCUCCGUGGACCUGGGUGCAUGCCGCCGAUGGGUUAUAACAUGGGAGGUCCGUACAUGAUGGGUGGUGGAGACAUGGGGCCGAUGGGUGGCGGUAUGGGCCCUAUGGGAGGAGGGAUGGGACCAGGUGGAGGAAUGGGUCCUAUGGGUGGCGGACCGGUUCCCGGAGGUCGUGGUAGAGGACCUCGCUCCGGUGGCGGAAUGAUGAGUGGAAGCGCGCCUCUCGCUCAAGGCCAGCGAGGAAUGAUGGGCUCUUCAGGCCCAGCACCUGUCCCCCUCCUGCCGGUCGUAACAACUCUAUGGGUCCUCCAGGUGGUUAUAGUAGUUCCGCAGACGGAGGCUACGGUGGUCAAGGUGGAUAUGACGGGUCAGGAGGAUUCGACAACGGAGUAUACGGAGGCAUUGACCAAACUGGACAGGGAGGAUUCAGCGGCCCUGGAUACGGUGGAUCAGGCAACAUGGCUUCUGGAGGUUACGGUGGGUCUGGGUAUGGUGGAAGCCAGCGUGGAUCGGCUGACAUGGCAGGUGGUCAAAGUGCUUCCCGUGGCGGCACCUAUGGUGGGUAUGGAAGUAUGGGAUCUGGAGAGCAUGUUGGAGGCAAAGCCAGCCAGUGGUAUGGCGGAUGGUCUUAAACAUUUACUUGCAUUUAAUUUCAGUAAAAUAUACCUGUUAAUAAAUAACAAUCACCUGUUGGUUCUUGAUAACGUGUAGAUAAGAUUGAGUCCUUGGUUUGCGUGUUCAUUGCAGUUAAAC